UUAUUGAAAGCUCCAUUGACUGGUUGCAAAGCAGAGCACAUAGACAUAUAUUCAUAGCUUUUCUAGGGUUUUCUCUAUAGCUCAGAUUCUCUGAGUCGACUCGCUUUCUUUUUGUUUUUUCUAGGGUUUUCUGUUUGAUCGAUGGUUCAGUUGAUGAAUUCGGCCAAGGCUCCGCCGGAAUCUUUGUCCCAUCGCCGGAAAAUGGUUCCGUGAAGCUGGAGGCCAAGGACUCCUCGGAGGAUCACCAUGGUCCUCUCAACAGCGAUCUAAACUCUCCUCUCCUCCUCCGCAACAAGAGUGUAAUUUGGAACUUGGUGGUUUUCCAAUACCACCAUCGCAAUACAAUCCACUUGAUGAGCCUAGUCCAUUGGGUUUGCGGCUCAAGAAAAGCCCCUCGCUUUUGGAUUUGAUCCAAAUGACGCUUUCUCAAGGAAAUUCUCCAAAAGUCGGAACUCAGGCCAAGAAAGAACACAAUGCUUCCUCUGUUUUCUGGUGCCAAUGAUAAGCUCAAGGCUUCGAACUUUCCUGCCUCGUUACUAAAGAUUGGGACCUGGGAGUACAAAUCAAGACAUGAAGGGGACUUGGUUGCUAAGUGUUACUUUGCCAAGCAUAAGCUUGUGUGGGAAGUCCUUGAUGGUGGUUUGAAAGAUAAGAUAGAAAUUCAGUGGUCUGACAUUAUGGCUUUGGAGGCAAAGUACCCGGAUGAUGCACCUGGGACUUUGGAU